AUGCCGCAAGCAAGCUCUCUUCCCGCCUGGGCCGAGCUUCAAGCUCACCGUGACUCCGUGGGCAAGAGCUUCGUGCUCAAGGAGGCUUUCGCUUCCGACCCCGAGCGCUUCUCCAAGUUCACACGCACCUUCAAGCUCCCCGAGUCCGUGGGCUCGACCGAGAUCCUCUUUGACUUCAGCAAGAACUUCCUCACAGAUGAGACGCUCGACCUCCUGACCAAGCUUGCCGAGCAAGCCGGAGUCGAGACGAAGCGUGAAGCCAUGUUCAAGGGCGAGAAGAUCAACUUCACCGAGGGCCGGGCCGUGUACCACGCUGCGCUGCGCAAUGUCGGGUCAGACACGUGGCCCAUGUCUGUCGACGGUGUCGACGUCAUGAGCACCAAGGGUGGUGUCAACGAAGUCCUCCAGCACAUGAAGGAGUUCUCGGAGCAGGUCCGGAGCGGCGAGUGGAAGGGUUACACAGGCAAGAAGCUCACCAACAUUGUCAACAUUGGCAUUGGUGGUUCUGAUCUCGGCCCUGUCAUGGUCACCGAGGCCCUCAAGCACUACGGUGCCAAAGACAUGACGCUGCACUUCGUUUCCAACAUCGAUGGCACUCACAUGGCCGAGGCACUUGCCGCUUCCGAUCCCGAGACGACACUGUUCCUCGUUGCUUCCAAGACCUUCACUACCGCCGAAACGACGACCAACGCCAACACGGCCAAGACGUGGUUCCUCGAGAAGACAGAGAACAAGGGCGAUAUUGCCAAGCACUUUGUGGCUCUGUCGACCAAUGAGGGUGAGGUCACCAAGUUUGGUAUCGACGCCAAGAACAUGUUUGGCUUCGAGAGCUGGGUGGGUGGUCGCUACUCAGUCUGGAGUGCCAUUGGCCUCAGCGUGGCGCUCUAUAUUGGCUACGACAAUUUCCAAAAGUUCCUGAUCGGUGCGCACGCCAUGGACAAACACUUCCGUGAGGCACCACUCAAGGAAAACAUUCCUGUGAUCGCAGGUCUGCUGAGUGUCUGGUACUCUGACUUUUACAACGCACAGACACAUCUGGUCGCACCAUUCGACCAGUACCUUCACCGCUUCCCUGCCUACCUUCAGCAGUUGUCGAUGGAGUCAAAUGGAAAAAGCAUCACCUCCGACGGGACCCCUGCUAAAUACACAACCGGCCCUAUCCUCUUCGGCGAGCCAUGCACAAACGCACAGCACUCCUUCUUCCAGCUUGUGCAUCAGGGUACCAAGUUGAUCCCUACAGACUUCAUCCUGGCGGCCAAGUCGCAUAACCCCAUUUCAGACAACCUGCACCAGAAGAUGCUGGCAUCCAACUACCUUGCCCAGGCUGAGGCGCUCAUGGUUGGCAAGACGGCUGAGCAAGUCCGUGCUGAUGACAGCAGCGUCCCGGACGACCUUGUGCCGCACAAGGUGUUCCUUGGAAACCGGCCAACGACAUCGAUCCUUGUUGGUGGUCACAUCGGACCCGCUGAGUUGGGCGCCCUCAUCGUUUAUUAUGAGCACCUUACAUUCACUGAGGGUGCAGUCUGGGACAUCAACUCGUUCGAUCAGUGGGGUGUAGAGCUCGGCAAGGUUCUGGCCAAAAAGAUUCUCCAGGAGUUGAACGAGGCGGGCAACGGUCAGGGCCAUGAUUCGUCGACCGGUGGGCUUAUUGGCGCCUUUAAGAAGUAUAGCAACUUGUAA